AAACCUGCACGGCUGUCUCUCUGUGUGUAUCCGUGUCUGUGUGUAUCUCUCUCUCUCUCUGUCUGUGUGUGGGUGCCUCUCGGCAAAAGCUCACGGCCGUACGCGCUCAGCCAUAGCCCGCUGGGCAAGAGGUGAGACGGCGGGCGAUAGCCUUGGCAAAAGGGCGGCUUGGCUGGUUUUAUACGGCAGGCAUGGCGUUGAAUGAAGGCCAGCUGACGGCCGAGGCCAUCCGACUGGCGCAACUUGCCAAGCAAGACGUGGGCGGGGCGACUACGGCGCAACUGGGUUUGCUCGGGUCGCACCCAGCUGACAAUGCGGCAAUCCCUGUGGCAGCGGAUUCAGAAGCUGUUGACGCAAAUCGACCUGCAUCGCCAGCAGUUUCGGCGCCCAACUGCGCCAUGUGUGGGCAGCCGGAUAAAUACCGCUGCCCCAAGUGUGAGCGGAAGACCUGCAGCUUGGCCUGCGUCAAGGCGCACAAGGCGCAAUACGAGUGCGACGGUAUCCGACCUCGCUCUCGAAUGACCCGCGAGAAAUCAGAGCUCACGGACCAAGUCCUCUGGCGUGACUAUUGCUUUCUCGAGGAUGCGGCGCGCAUGGUUGGCGCCAAAACACGCCCGAUUGGCGCAAGUGUACGUCAGGCAGCCGCGGAAGCCCCCACGGCAGGGACGGGUGACGUGUAUCGGAAUUUUGGGCGCCUGCUCAAGGUGGCAUCAAGCCACGGCAUCCGACUGGAGCUCUUGCCCGACGUCUACGAGCGCCACCGGGCCAACACCUCACGCGCGCAUGAUCGCAUGGCUCGCAUCCAUUGGCGUGUUGAGGUUGUGUUUGGCAGCGUCAAGUUUACGCAGCCCAGGGUCCCGUGUGCGCGCCCAUUGAGGCAAAUAUUGGACGCCUACCUGCUUCAGACCAGUGAGAAUGCCGUCGAGAGACACAAGGUCGAGCCUUAUUGGCGGCGGCGAGCGGAAGCGACCGUUUUGGUGGCCAAUUUGGACACCCCCGCCACUGCUCGGCAAUAUGUGCGCUUGGACGAAGAUAUGACCUUGCGGGACGCCUUGCGCUUUCUGCGUGUGCUCGAGUUUCCCACCUUACAUGUUGUCUUGCCCGAAGAUAUGGAGGCACAUGUGCUCUGUGAGCGCCCAACCAGCAUUCCUCCACCUCUCAACACACGCCCUCCAGGCUUUCGGGGCCGUGCGCGAGGCCGGGGUCGGGGCCGAGGCCAAGGUCGAGGCCGAGGGGGUCGGGGCCGUGGACCGAGUAGCCACGCCUCUCGUGGCCGCGCUGCGCGCGGUCGAUCCUCCUCAGAAUAGCCAGUUGAUUGUGUUACUUA